CUAAUUAUAGAGCAAUAAUUUAAUUCGAAAACGCAUUAGCUGAAACUUCCUAUAUACAAAUGGCCUUAUAAUACUUUUCAAUCAUGACACUGCCGCGAAUAACAGACUAUGACAUACAAGAGAAACUUGGAGUGGGCAGCUAUGCAUCUGUUUACAAGGCGCGCCAUAAAAAACAGGGCACUUAUCACGCCAUUAAGUAUGUGGAAAUGUCCACGUUGUCCCAAAGCUCUCGCGACAAUCUAAUAACGGAAAUUCGUCUGCUGCGCGACCUCAAACAUAAAUAUAUUGUGACGCUGCAGGACUUCUUCUGGGAUGACAAGAACAUAUACAUUGUACUGGAGUAUUGUAAUGCGGGCAAUCUGUCCGCCUUCAUCCGCACAAAGAAGGCGCUGCCGGAGUCCACAUGUCGCUAUUUUUUACGGCAGCUGGCCGCGGCGAUUCAAUAUAUGCGAGCCAACGAUGUCUCGCACUUUGACCUGAAGCCACAGAACUUGUUGCUGACGCGCACCGCUAAUAAUGUCUACCUAAAGGUUGCGGACUUUGGGUUUGCGCAACACCUUAAGCUGGGCGAGAUCAAUCAGCAGCUCAAGGGUUCGCCGCUGUACAUGGCGCCAGAGAUUGUGCGCAAGCAUCAGUACGACGCCAAGGCGGAUCUGUGGAGCGUGGGCGUCAUUCUCUAUGAAUGCCUGUUUGGGAAGGCGCCGUACAGCUCGCGCACCAUUGAGGAGCUGCUGCUGCGCAUCCGGAAGGCGGAGCCCAUUGUGCUGCCACCGAAUGCGCGCAUCAGUAACGAAUGCCACGAUUUGCUGCGGCGACUGCUGGCGCAUGAGCCAGCGCAACGUAUUUCGUUUGCGGAUUUCUUUGCGCAUCCCUUUCUAGAUCUCAAGACUUUUCCCUCGGAGAAAACGAUGAAGAAGGCCAUAGACCUGGUUACCCAGGCGGUCGAGCACGAUGAGAAGCGCAACUACAAGGAGGCCUAUUAUCUGUAUUGCAGCGCAUUGCAAUACUUUGUGCCGCUGAUCACCGAGGAAUCGGACGCCAGCCGGCGCCAAGAGCUGCGCCAUCGAGCGCUCACCUAUAUGAAGCGCGCGGAGGAGAUUAAAAACGUUAUCAUCGAGGACGAGUACAAAUUGUUGGCCCAGCGUCAGCAGAAGGCAUUGGAGAAAGGCGCCGCUGCCACAGCCGCCGAGGCUGCCAAUCCUCAGACACAGCCAAGCACAUCCCGCAUGAUGGAAAUGCUUGAGCCGGAUGCACGCUAUAAGCAGCUUUUUGCCCUAUCGAACUCGAGCCCCUCGCUGAAGACUGGCCUGGAAAUCGGACGGCAGGGCGAGCUCUACUUGUACGAGCGCAAGCUGGACGCCGCCUUGGAGUCGUAUACCUCUGCCCUGGGCAUUUUGGUGCCGUUUGUGAACAAUGAGCCGAAGGGCGAGCGACGCAACCUGCUGCUGCAACAGUUGGAGUUCUGGAUCAAGGAGGCUGAAAGCAUCAAGAGUAUACUGAGCGCCAAGCACCUGGAUGAGGAGGAACAGAAGAUGUCAACGUCUCACAUUCCAGCAACUGUGCCACACUUUCUACCGGAUAUCAGGCCACACGUUUAUUUAUUCUUAUGCAUUGUGAUUAAUUUAAUUAAAAUGGUUUAGUCAAGCAUAAAUUCAAAUUAAAG